AUGGUAGUAAGAUCAUUGCUUCGGGUAUCCAGACUCACUUCAGCUAGUUGUAGACACGCAUCGUUAGCAGUAUCUUCAACUCCAAAACCCUAUAUUCCAUCAGUCACUGGAGUUCAGAAAUCAAUGCCAUUUGAUAAUCUAUUAGAACAAUAUUCUCGUGUUCAUUGGGAUGACUCUGUCACAUAUGAUGAUCCAAAUGUGCAGAAACUUUUCAAAUCAUUGAUGAGCGGAAGUCGAGCUGCCCUGGCUUCUGCAAUCACACUAGUUGAAUCUCGCCAUCCGACAAAAAGAGCACAAGGAAAUAUGUUGUUGAAGAUGGUUUUAGAUGAAGAACGAGAGAAAUACAAGAAAUUCGGGAGAGAUUCUAUGAUAUUUCGAGUAGGAAUCUCUGGUAGUCCAGGAGUAGGAAAGUCGUCUUUCAUUGAAGCAUUAGGAGCAGAAUUAACCGAAAAUCGAGGAAAGAAAGUUGCAGUUUUAACAAUUGAUCCCACUAGUGCCAUGACGGGAGGAUCUGUUCUUGGAGAUCUUACAAGAAUGCAAGAAUUAUCUCGUAAUCCCAAAGCCUACAUUCGUCAAUCACCAACUUCUGGAUCGCUCGGUGGUGUCACUCGUGGAAUUCAUGAAGCUGUGAUCCUCUGCGAAGGUGCUGGAUACGAUAUUGUUAUCAUUGAGACUGUUGGAGUAGGUCAAUCUGAAACAUCCGUUUCCGAUAUGUGUGAUAUGAUGUGUCUUCUGUUGUCACCUGCUCAUGGAGAUGAAUUGCAAGGUGUUAAACGAGGUAUUAUGGAGAUGAGUGAUUUGUUGGUUGUGACGAAAGAUGAUGGAGAUUUGAAAGCGAAAGCCAAGAUGACACAGGCUGAAUACAUUUCCGCGUUGAAAUUCAUGCGACCACGACUCGAUGUAUGGCGUCCAAAAGUUAUGAGAUCCUCAAUUAUGGAUAAAGAAUCUGUAUCAGAAGUUUGUUCGAGUUUGUACGAAUUCUGGGAUACAAUCGGAGAAUCAGGAGAUUUGGAAAGAAGGCGACAGGAUCAAAUGAAAAAAUGGAUGUGGAAUCAUGUUAAAGACGAAAUUAUGUCCGUUUUCCAAAAGCAUCCGAAAAUAGCACAUUUGGCACCGAAACUGGAAAAUGAAAUUCGAAGUGGAAAAAUCACCCCUGGUCUGGCUGCAGAAACAAUGAUCAGAACGUUCUUCGGCGUCUAGGCAACUCCUCAUUUUUACCCCUUUAUAACUCUACAUUUGUAAACCACCUGUUCAAUUGCAAUUUUUUAUUGUAUUUUCUCGAGACUCACCAGUGUUUAAUGUAUUCAUUAGAUCCAAUGUAUUUAGACUUUUUUUUUGUGAAUUUUCAAAACUAGCCAAUCUUCUAGCCAUAAAUUACAAACAUAACGGGAUAAAUAAAGAAUAUUAAAUAUUACCCGA